AGAUUUGCCAGGGCAGAGCUUUGAUGCGGGACUCUCUAACCAUCAGCUGUUUGCAGUUCAUCAGGUGGCAGAGCGUGUGGAGGCACUGGGCCAGUUUGUGAUGAAGACCAGGAGGACCCUGAAGGGCCACGGAAAUAAAGUUCUCUGCAUGGACUGGUGCAAAGACAAGAGAAGAAUUGUGAGCUCUUCCCAGGACGGGAAGGUGAUCGUAUGGGAUUCCUUCACUACCAACAAGGAACAUGCAGUGACGAUGCCGUGUACCUGGGUGAUGGCGUGUGCGUAUGCCCCGUCUGGAUGUGCAAUUGCUUGCGGUGGCCUGGACAACAAGUGUUCUGUGUACCCUCUGACAUUCGAGAAAAAUGAAAACAUGGCUGCGAAGAAGAAAUCGGUUGCAAUGCACACAAACUACUUGUCUGCCUGCAGCUUCACUAACUCAGACAUGCAGAUCCUGACAGCAAGUGGAGAUGGAACUUGUGCUCUGUGGGAUGUUGAGAGUGGGCAGCUUCUACAGAGUUUCCAUGGUCAUGGAGCUGAUGUCCUGUGCCUGGACCUAGCCCCUUCUGAAACGGGAAAUACAUUUGUUUCUGGGGGAUGUGACAAGAAAGCCAUGGUUUGGGAUAUGCGGUCUGGUCAGUGCAUCCAGUCAUUUGAAACCCACGAUUCAGAUAUCAACAGUGUCAGAUAUUACCCAAGUGGAGAUGCUUUUGCUUCUGGUUCAGAUGAUGCCACGUGUCGUUUAUAUGAUCUCCGUGCAGACAGAGAAGUAGCAAUUUAUUCCAAAGAGAGCAUCAUUUUUGGAGCAUCCAGUGUGGACUUCUCUCUCAGCGGUCGCCUCCUGUUUGCAGGCUAUAACGAUUACACCAUAAAUGUCUGGGAUGUGCUGAAAGGGUCCCGUGUAUCCAUUCUGUUUGGACAUGAAAACCGUGUCAGCACCUUGCGGGUCUCUCCCGAUGGCACGGCGUUCUGCUCGGGCUCCUGGGACCACACCCUCCGAAUCUGGGCUUAACCUGAGACCCUGUGUGCAGAAUCAAAUGAAGACUGAAACCCUGGACUACAAAAACUGCAUAAAAAAGCCACCCCUCAAAAUCGAGUAUUUGCUACACUGAGCCCACAGAUUAACACAACUAGGUAGAAAAUGUAAUCUGCUUGAACACGUAGCAAACAUCAACUUGCAGUAAAAUGAAAUGUUUUAAAUUGUGUUUUGAAACUAUCUUCUUUUAUUAGAAUUAGUUUAGAUAAUUAUAAAGGGACUUUUCUCUGAAGUCACCUGUAUCAUAGAAUUGAGUAUUUCAGUGCACAUUAUGUAUUUAUUUGCAUGAAUUUAGUUCGGUUUUAAAUUUAAAAAAAAAAAAGCCUGAUUUUAUCAGGAUGUAGCAUUAAGACUUUGGAAACAUUCCGUAGUAGUGCAUUGAAUUUUGAUGUUGAAAAGUGGAAAAAAAAAAAGAUACUUUAUGAUGGCAUUAUGGAUGACUGAA